AUGCCUCUCUUCAAGCCCGAGAACGUCAACACCCCCGUCCUCACCCAAUUCUCCCUCGCCGGCAAGAUCGCCGCUGUGACGGGCGGCGCCAAGGGCAUCGGCCUCGAGAUUGUCCGCGGCCUAGCCGAAGCCGGCGCCGACGUAGCCCUCCUCUACGGCACCUCGCGCGCCGCCGCCGACGAAGCAGCCGCCACCAUCUCCGCCGCGACCGGUGUGCGCAUCGCGACCUUCUCGUGCGACGUCGGCAACCGCGCCAACGUCGCCGAGGUGCUGGAGAAGCAGGUCGCGCAGGGGUUCGGCGGCGGCCGGCUCGACAUUGUGGUGGCCAACGCGGGCGUGAACGAGCACAUCCCCGCCCUCGAGUACACGGAGGAGCAGUGGGCGCGCAACAACGCCGUGAACCUGGACGGGGUCAUGUGGACGGCGCAGGCGGCGGGGCGGGUGUUUGAGAAGCAGGGGAAGGGCAACCUCAUCAUCACGGCCAGCGUCAGCGCGACGCUUGUGAAUGUGCCGCAGAGGCAGGCCGCGUAUAAUGCGAGCAAGGCGGCUGCCGUGCACCUGGGCAAGAGCCUGGCUGUCGAGUGGGCCGACUUUGCGCGCGUCAACUGUAUCAGCCCUGGCUUUGUCAUGACGGAGAUGUUGACCCAGCAGCCCAAGGAGAGGUUUGAUGCUUGGAUGAGCAUGGUUCCUGGGAAGAGGAUCUGUGAUGCUGCGGAGCUGAAGAGUGCAUAUGUCUUUCUCGCCUCGGACGCCUGCAGCUACAUGACUGGUGCGGAUCUUGUGAUAGAUGGUGGCUAUACGUUGCCCUAG